AACUAGAAGAAGAAGAAGCAGAAGCAGGAAGGCGAAGAAGACCAGCGGCUGCACUUUGAGGGAGAGAAGCGUUGCAAUCAUGCCGAUGUUUGUAGUGAACACCAAUGUUGCCAGAGGUGAUGUACCGGCAGCUCUCCUGUCCGAGGCUACAGAGGAGCUGGCCAAAGCUAUGGGAAAACCUGCACAGUACGUAUCCGUGCACAUCAACCCUGACCAAAUGAUGAUGUUUGGAGGGAAGGGAGACCCCUGCGCACUCUGCUUCCUCUACAGCAUUGGCAAGAUCAGCGGUGCUGCCAACAGGCAAUACUCUAAACUGCUGUGUGGACUGCUCAACAAACACCUGGGCAUCUCUCCUGAAAGGAUGUAUAUUAACUUUAUGGACAUGGAAGCAGCCAAUGUGGCCUGGAACAGCACAACCUUUGGCUGACAUGGAGGUCAAAAAAAAGAUCAUUCCAGAAUUUUCCUACAUGUAGGAACUUACAACUGACUAAAUGAUGAGUUAAAGACAUGGUGAUCAACUUGUAGAAAUACUGACUACCUUAAAAGCACUUAUCCGGACUCUUAAGCAUUGCACUAUUCCUUUCCCAUUUAAAUGCAAUAAAGCAAAUCCUAUAAACCAUAA